AUGCGCUCUGCAACAGACAGCAGGAGAGACGCUGAGCUGGAGCAGCUUUCACACACACAGGAUCACAUCCAGUUCCUGCAGAGUUUCCAGUCUCUCUCAGCACCUCCUAAAUCUACAGAUGGAAAUGAUGAUCUCUUCAGUUGUCUCUUCUCUUUUGAUGGUCUGAGAGAAUCUGUCCAUCAGCUGAUAGACAAACUGGAGGAUUUCUGCAAAGAGGAGCUCAAGAAGAUCUCAGACAGAGUCACACUCACCAACAUUGUUCCCAGAACCAGGAAGGACUUCCUCCAAUAUUCCCAUCAGCUCACUCUGGAUCUGAACACAGUGAAUAAACACCUCCGUCUGUCUGAGAGCAACAGAGAGAUUACUGACACUGACACAGAUCAGCCGUAUCCUGAUCAUCCAGACAGAUUUGAUGUGUCUCAGGUGUUGUGUAGAGAGAGUGUGUGUGGACGCUGUUACUGGGAGCUGGAGUGGAGUGGAGGUGUGCGUAUAUCAGUGUCAUAUAAGAGCAUCAGCAGGAAGGGACGGGGUAAUGAGUGUAGGUUUGGAUCUAAUGAUCAGUCCUGGAGUUUGUUCUACUUUCCCUCCUGUUACAUAUUUAUACACAAUCAGAUGCGUACUGUUCUCCCUGUAGAGUCCAUUAGCAGGAGAAUAGGAGUGCUUGUGGAUCACGAUGCAGGAACUUUGUCCUUCUACAGCGUCUCUGACACAAUGAGCCUCAUCCACAAAGUCCAGACCACAUUCACUCAGCCGCUCUAUCCUGGGUUUGGGUUUAAUUUUACUGGAUCAUCAGUGAAACUGUGUUGAUGAAUCAGAAUAUACUAAUGAGAGAUUCUACCCAUAAUGCUUUGAGCUGCAUGAUGAAUCAGCAACAGUGAGAUGUUAUAGAGUGUCUUCUUUUCUCACCAUUUCAUUAAUACUGCAGCUGAACAUCUGUCACUGAAAUAACAGUCAGAAUAACUGUGUGUAAUAAAUCCUCAUACAGACAGUAAGAUCAGUGUGUGUGUGUGUGUGUGUGUGAGAGAGAGAGAGAGAGAGAGUCUGCUGAGUGACCAUGUGUUUCAGUUUGUGUUGAUUUAGUUUUUAAUGUAGCGUCACAUCAUUAUUUUAUUAUUACUAUCAAAAUUACCUUUCAAUUCAAAUGAUCACAGUCAAUAAAUCAUUUUAAUUAUUCACCUCAUGGAGCAUAUUUUUAGGUUACAGCUUGUUAAUAAUUUGUUAAAACAUAAAUGACAUGAAAUUUUCGAAAUGUUAUAGUUCAUAUUAUUCAACAUGCAA